UUCUAAAAAGCUCGUCUCUUUUUGUUUUUCCCUUAUCCUACCAAGUGUCUUGGCGACAAUGGCGGCAUCUCUCCUCCGCUUGUUGCGCCCGCCCUUGCCCUCGCCUUCUCGCUGCGCAAACCCCUUCAAGUCCCUCACACCACGAUGCACAGAAGACAUGGCAUGCCUACCAUUCAGGAAGGAUGUGGCAAAGUUUGUGCUUUCGUCCUCGCAACUCCAAUGUCUGUCAAGCAGCAAAAUCAUAUGCUCUACUCUCGGUAUUUUCCAAAAGGCUGGAUCUUGUGAUGCCUAUGAAUUUGAUAGGAGAAAAACUGGAGUUUGCAAGGCCACUUUGGAUUGUGUUUCUGAUCAUCAGAAAAUGGCAUCAUUCAGCUUUUUGAAGGUAUUCUUGGUUGCAAACUCAUUCAUGCUCGUUCUGCCUCUUAAUGCUCUGGCAGAAACUUGUGAGCCUGAGAAUUCCUUUCUCAGUAUGCCUCUUUUGUUCAUAAUAGCCCUGAUCGGGGCAACUGUUGGAGGAUUGCUUGCACGUCAAAGAAGAGGAGAACUAGAGCGGCUAAAUGAUCAAUUGCGCCAAAUCAAUGCUGCAUUAAGAAGACAAGCGAAAAUAGAGUCUUAUGCUCCCAACUUGAGCUAUGCACCAGUUGGUAGGGUAUCUGAAACAGAAGUCAUUAUCGAUCCUAGAAAGCAGCAACUAAUCACAAAUUUGAGAACUGGGAAAAAUUAUCUCCGGAAUCAAGAUCCUGAGAAGGCUCUUGCAGAAUUCAAUGCGGCCUUUGAGCUUGCAGAGACUUUAGGAGAUCAUGUUGAAGAGAAGAAGGCUGCCCGAGGCUUAGGCGCAUCUUUUCAGAGACUGGGGAAAUACAAGGAAGCGAUAAAGUACCAUUCAAAGGUUCUGGAGAUAUCGAAGAGGGCCGGAGAGGAUUCUGGCAGCACGGAAGCUUACGGAGCCAUAGCUGACUGCUACACCGAGCUCGGAGAUCUUGAGAAGGCGGGGAAGUUCUAUGAUAAAUACAUUGGAAGGUUACAAAAUGACUGAGGAAUUCCCUAGUCUUGUUUUCUUGGAAUUUCUUGUUUUUUUUUAUGUUGUAGCUCAUGUAGAGCAACAGCCUGAGGUCCUGGGAUUGAAAUUUAUGCUGGAAUUAGUUGUAGAGUUUCUAGCUUUUGGAUUAUGCUCUUGUUACAUUUGGAGUAAGUUCCUUUGAAAACAAAGUCUUAUGAGGAGUUUAAAAUAAAAGAUGGCUUUAUAGCUUUUA